AUGGAGACACAGCUAGAUCCCAUGAAGGAUGACUUGCCCUUAAUGGCCAACAUUAGCUACAUGCUUGUAAAGCAUUAUAUAUUGGACUUGGAUGUGGAUUUUCAAAGUAAAGUUAUCGAAGGCACCAUAGUUCUAUUCUUUGAGCCUGGGAGCCGGUACAGGAAAACCAGCAGCACUGGCAAAGGUGGCUGCCAGUCACAGUUUGAUGAAACCGGUAAAAUGAGGGCAUCUGAAUCCUGCCGCGUUCCUGAGACAAAUGUGAGUACCUCUUCAUCUGAAAUGGAGUAUAAUGAUUCUGCUGUCUGUGGUAAAGGUGAAGAAGAUACUUCUGAUAAAAACAGUAACCAUAGCAACGAAGAACAGGCUUCUGGGAUUUCUGGUUCAAAGGACUGUGGUGACAUAGAGAAUCAUGGGAACAAGGAUUUUCUGCUGGUAUUGGACUGCUGUGAUAUAUCCGUGCUAAAGGUUGAGGAGGUAGAUGUUGCUGCUGUAUCGGGCAUUGAAAAAUUCACAAGAUCUGCCAAGCUGACUGAUGUUUCAAAGGAGCUCAACAAUCUCAGGAAUCAGAUUGUACAUGAACUUGUGACUUUACCUGCGGAUCGCUGGAAGGAACAGCUAUACUAUUUUACUCGCUGCAGCCGGGCACCUGGCUGUGGAGAGCUUCUGUUUACUACUGGCACUUGGAGCUUGGAGAUAAGGAAAUCAGGAAUUCAGACCCCAACAGACUUUCCUCAUGCAAUAAGAAUAUGGUACAAAACCAAACUGGAGGGAAGAUCUGUUACAUGGACUACAGACCAGAAUGGCAGGCCAUGUGUUUAUACGAUGGGAUCGCCAAUAAACAACAGAGCCCUUUUCCCAUGCCAAGAACCACCCGUUGCCUUGUCAACAUGGCAAGCCUCCGUCCGAACAGCUGCAGGCUUUGUUGUAUUAACGAGUGGCGAAAACUCAGCAGAACCGGUCCAACUUCAAGAAGGUAUCUUGAGCUGGUACUACUAUGUGACUAUGCCAAUGCCAGCAUCCACCUUCACUAUUGCUGUGGGGUGCUGGCAGGAAGUUAAACAGCAGUCCUUUGCAGCUGCUAUCCAGACAAACACUGAGUUUGCCUUGCCAUCUUCACAAGCUGAUUUCAG